AUGUCGAUUGUUAUCCCAACAGAAAUCUGUCAUUUCGGUUGGCGGGACUUUCGCGGGGGUCUAUUCUAUGCCUUUUUUGCCAGAAUUAUAUUCAACUACCACAUAACAGCUCUUGUUAAUUCCUGGUCGCACUGGUCUGGCAGUCAACCAUAUACCGAAAAGAUCACUGCCAGAAAUACUUCCCCUAUUCUUGGGCUCUUCACGGCGGGUGAGGCAUAUCAUAACUUUCACCAUCGAUUUCCAUCAGACUAUCGCAAUGGUAUUCGCUGGUUCGACAUGGAUAGCAGCAAAUGGUUUAUUUCGCUAUGCGAGAAGUUAGGACUUGCUUCAAAGCUCAUUCGCACGUCGAAAUCGGAUAUUGAGCUAGCAAAAAGACAGACGCAGGGAGGUGGGUUUAUUGGGUCUGGAGUUCCAGAACAUCACAAGUCUCCUUUCAUUACCUGGGAAGACUAUAAGCAGAUGUGUCUUACUGGAAGAUGCUUGGUUAGCAUUUCUGGUCGUGUUUACGAUAUCACAACUUUCCUGUUUGAUCAUCCGGGGGGUCAGGAAACACUGCAAAAAGCCAUCGGUAUCGAGGCGACAGAUGUGUUCAACUCGAUUGAUCACUCUUCAUAUGCACUGAGCAUUCUCUCCUCGUUGCAUAUUGGAAUGAUUGACUCUAAGCAAGACUAG